AUGACUUUGCCAGUAGAGGUUCCGGUUCCAUUCUCAGAGCCGCCAUGGCUGCUGGGCCUACCAUCCCCCUACUACAACGAGUCUCAUCGGAGAUGGCAAAAGUCAUGCCGAGCAUUCAUCCGGGAGCACCUGCAUUCCCAUGCCCUGGAGUGGGAGGACGCAGGCGACGUUCCAGCCCACGUCUUCGAAACGUUCUCAAAGAACAACAUGCUCAUCCCCAGUUUGCCAGCUCCACUUCCGGUUGAAUACCUGAAAAGCCAGGGCAUCCAUGAGCUCCUCGGCGGCUUGAAGGUUGAAGAUUUCGACUACGUCCAUUUCGCCAUCUACGUAAAUGAAAUGAGAGCUGCUGGCGUCGGCGGUCCGCCCUCAUCGCUGAUGACCGGCAUAGCCUAUGGUACUCCUCCUUUGAUCAAGUACGGAAGCAAAGCUUUGCAAGAUCGAUUUCUACCUCAGCUCCUCAGAGGUGAAAAGAGGAUAUGUAUCGCCAUUACGGAGCCAGGUGUAGGAAGUGAUGUUGCCAACAUUGCGACUACGGCAAAAAAGACCGACGACGGGAAGUUUUACAUUGUCAAUGGGACCAAAAAAUGGAUCACCAACGGGAUCUGGUCACACUACAGUACUAUGGCCGUGCGCACUGGAGGGCCCGGACCUGGUGGCCUGUCUUUGCUUGUCGUUCCGCUUCUCGGCCAGGAAGGGGUCACAAUGCGUCGAAUAAAGACUACCGGGUACAACGCCAGUGGCACAACAUACAUUGAACUUGACGACGUGAAAGUCCCUGUAGAAAACCUUAUUGGGCAGGAAGGAAAAGGCAUGAAGAUGAUCACUACCAACUUCAACCACGAACGACUAGCAAUAACUAUCGGCGUAACCAGGACAGCACGUGUCGCUCUUUCCUCUGCAUUUGCGUAUGUGCUCCGCCGCGAGGCCUUUGGCCAGACGUUGAUGGGCCAGGCUGUCGUGCGCAACCGCCUGUCACGGUGUGGUGCUGACCUAGAAGCGUUAUCCGCUUGGGUUGAGCAAUUUGUGUAUCAGAUGGCCAAUAUGAAGAAGGAAGCGGCUGACGUGGAGCUUGGUGGACUUUUAUCGAUGGCGAAAGCGAAGGCCGGGCUAGUGCUGGACGAGUGUUCGCGAUGCGCAGUACUCUUAUUUGGUGGCAACGGCUUCACAAAGACUGGCCAGGGGGAAUUGGUUGAAAAGAUAUACCGCGAAAUUCCUGCAGCUCGGAUACCUGGUGGCAGCGAGGAUGUCAUGUUCGACUUGGCCGUGAGACAGCUGGUGAAGAUCUAUGAAGCGAAGACGAAGGCUUUGAAGGCAUCCUCGAGGGCAAAUCUGUAG